AUGGCAGUCAACAUACAAUAUGGAGUGUCUUACUUGACACAAGUGAGCGUUUCAAACCCGAAUAGAGAAGCGGAGAGCCAAGCCAUUGAGACGCCUAGAGCUGAGGCUUCUAGAGCACGUGAAGAGGCUGCAUUAGCUAAUGCGCGUGCAGACGAAGCGGGUACUUCCACUGUGCCUUCUAGUGUCCAUCCUAGUCCUAGUGAUCAUUAUGAUGAUGACUCUGAUGGUCAGUCAUUGGAUCUAGAGGGAAUGAGUGAUGGAUGUUGA